AAUCAGAUUUAUUUUCUUUUUCUCGUUAACCCAAAACGGCGUCGUAUCAAUCGUCGAUUUAACAACGACAGAUCUUUCUCCUCGCCGGCGUUACUCAACACAAAGCCUCUGUUUAUUGAGCCUCGUCGGAGAUUUUAGUGAAGCACGAAACAAAACCCUUUUCGCAUCUACGUCAGGAAUCAGAUUUUAGGGUUUUGGCGUUUUGUUGAAACUAUAAAAAUCGAUGGCGAAUACUCGAAUCGAACCCGGUGUUCCCAUUACUCUACAAGAGCUUUAUCCUUCUUCUCAGUUUUACAAGGAAGCUGUUUCACUUAGAGUUACAGGAAUGUUGAGUGGAUAUUCAGUUGAAACAGCUAUAGGUGUUAUUGAAGAUGGAGGCAAAAGUCUUAAAAUCAAUACUCAGAACCUACGAGAUAUUAGUUUCAGGGUUGGCUCCAUUUAUCAGUUUAUUGGAGAGCUUCACAUUGAGCCCAAUAAUGAGGCUCGAACAGGAAGAAAUGUGGAUGGAAUCGAUAUGAACCUCUACCGUAAAACAGUUGAACUCCUAAGACAAUUUCUAAAAGAAGAAGGCAACAGCAAUAUGGUUGAAUAAAGCUAAUUAUCAGUUGCUAUCCAAGUAACAUAACCCACCCACAUUUUCAUAUUUUGUUCCUUUAUUAUCUUGUCUUUCACUUGUAGAUGAAUCUUAGAAUUGGUGGAUUUGUUUUGGUCUGCUUUUUCAUAUGAGUAAUUUUCUGAAACGAAUGUGUUUGAAUUUGGCUAACCGGGAGGGAAUCUG